CUCUAAUAACGUCCGGGAUAUUAUUAAAUAACGAAUGAUGGCAGAGCGAAAUGGGGCCUGCGCUGGUAUUAAACUAGAGGAGAUCGGCAAAGUAAAAUUUUCUUGUUUUCAGUCGUUGUUGUGGAACGGUUUCGAAGCGAUUCCAGCGGCGUUUGUUGCUCUGGCACGCCCACAUUUCGUAGUUUCGCCGGGACGUCAAAACAAAACAAAAAAGCAAAUACGGGGGUGCAAAGAAAACAGAACAAAUUAUAUCGACGAACUCGUCUCAAUUCGAACAACAGUUCUUUGGAAAAAGGAAACAAAAGUAAAAUAAACGGGGAGCAGUCCCCCAGACACGGAUAUUCAGUACUUACGACGAGAGACACUUUCCGUUGUUAAAUAAAGUGAUGCAUAAUUCAGUAAUGACGACAUCCAACACAUUUUCUUAUAACGGCUCAGAAAUAAUCAACUGAGUUUAUUGGAGGCCGUACGGAUGAGCGCAGGACCGUAUUCGCCGUUAAAUUCGGCGUUAUUCAGAACGUUGGCCGUACUAGGGAGGAUUUUGGUCGUUCUAAAUGGAGGACUCGCAGCCGGCGGGGGUCUUCGUCUAACCUACAUGGAAGCACCCGACGUGGUUGAUCCGAGAGAUCAAUUUCAAUUAGAUUGCCAUUUUGACAUGGGAAAUGAAGAGUUGUACGCUGUCAAAUGGUACAAAGACGAUCAAGAAUUCUUCAGAUAUAUGCCUCAACAAAAUCCCCCCACUUUGACGUUUCCCGUUGCUGGGGUGACUGUCAUUCCCAACACUAGUGAAUGUGAUAUUACCAGGUGUAAGGUUAAUUUGCACAACCUGUCUAGUCGAUACAGUGGCGGGGCUUACAGAUGCGAAAUUUCCAGUGAAGCCCCGGCUUUUCGUCUAGCUGCGGAAACACGAAAUAUUACAGUCGCUGCUUUACCAAAGGAAAAACCGAAAAUAACUGGUUUAGCUAGCUCCUACGCGGACGGUGAUGUUCUAACAGCGGAAUGUACUUCAGACUUUGCGUAUCCUAUUCCCGUGUUGAGAUGGUUCGUCAACGGAGAACCGGCCGUUCCAGUUUCUAGACCUACAAUUAUAGAAAGAGAAUCCGAUUUUCUCGUAGCACAAUCAAUUAUUCUACGCUUGUUAAUCAGUGGAAAUUUGUCAAGAGGUGACAGCAUUCAAAUAGGAUGCGAAGCUUCGAUGCCAAAUGUCAAUUUUGUCCCGCAACUUUCUACCGUAAUUAUACCCUUCAAAACAGCUAACGGAGAAGGAGUAGCUAACAAUGAAAAGUUGCAACUGUGGUACAGUGCAUUUAGCAGCACCCCAUCACCGAAUUAUUCAUCAUAUCAUAUAAUAUUGUCAAUUUUCCUAUACAUAGUUAUAAGAUAUAUUGCAAAUUAUUGAAAAAAUAAAAGGUAUUCAUUCAGGUAGCACGUUAUACGAACAGUAAAUGUUAUGAAAUAAGAUUUCGUGUUUGGGUUUUGAUGUAUGUAUUCCGAAAUAUAUAUCAGGAACCUAGCCAGUGGUGAUAACGUCAUGAUUCCGACGCCAUAUUGUAUAUACAACUCAUCAAUAUCAACUAAAUAGAUGAAUCAAACUACGUUCCAAAAAUUAUUGUGAUAACUCCAACAUAUUCAUUGUGUUGGUAUAGUUUAAAUUUUACAUUUAUAAUAAAAAAGGAACCCAAUAAAAUAUAUAUUGUGAUGUAAAAAACUUAAGCGUUAUUUUCAAUAUGGAGUCGAUAUAUGAUGUCAACGUCAACGCGAUGGCCGCCAUAUUCCCAAACAAUUCAACAGUAUGGCAUCAUUCCACAGCACGGGAAAAUUUUCCUUUUAAUUUGUAUUUUAUAAAUGUGAUAAAUAUAUUGAGAUUCGAACGUGCUAUCUAGAAUGAGAUGAAAUAUUUAAGUCUUCUUACGUGAUAAAAGUAACAAAAUUUUAUCAAAUAUCUAAUAUAUUCCUGUAUUUGAGAAAAAAAGUUCCUUGUAAAACCGGAAAUAGCAUAUUAUAUAGUAUCUAUAUAUGCAUGCAUAUUCGUUCAUUACACACGUCAAAUUUAUUGUCUUCAAUCACUGUUUCAACUUUUUGUUUUAUGUGUAAUAAAAUUUUUGGAAUCAAAA